CUUUUCUUAACAAAUAAAGUCUCGUCAUCAUCAUCGAUCCCUUUUUUUUCUUCCCGUAUGAGUUAUCGAACACGCGACCAUAUCAUCCAUCCAACAUCGGAUCGAAUCGCCCCCGAAUAGGCACUCUGCUGCUGCUUUGCAGACUUACACUCGCUUUCCCCGAUGCUGUGACUUGAUGACAGUCGACGACAACUGACGGCGCCGACUGCCCACCAUCACUCGGUACUUAUCUUCAUUGAAGCCUCGACUCGAGCACCUCAUCGACCCCGGCGAUUACGAUCCGGUUGCGAUACGUCGAAUCCCCCUUCCUUCCGUCUUUUCGUUCCUGAAGGCUUUGGGCGUAUCAGCACCGACUACGAAACCCAUCACUUAUCCAAACCAACAUAACAUCCCGCGACACCACGAGACGGUCCCCCGAAAGAAAAAGUGAUAUGACCAACUAUCAUACUAUACCCAACAGCGGCCUUCUAGGGUCGAGUCACGGUGUCGGAGGAACCAUGGUCCAACAACGAAGACUCCGCGCCCCCAAGCUGGGUGGCGGCCAAGCUUCCAUGAUGAGCAGCAACAUCAACCUGCUGAAUACCAUCAUCGGGGCCGGUACCCUCGCCAUGCCCCACGCCAUGUCCAAGUUCGGCGUCACGCUCGGCGUCAUCCUGAUCGUCUGGUGCGGCCUCACCUCUGCCUUUGGUCUCUAUCUCCAGUCACGCUGCACGCGCUACCUCGACCGGGGCUCGUCUUCCUUCUUCGCGCUGUCGCAAAUCACCUAUCCCAACGCCGCCGUGGUGUUCGACGCGGCCAUUGCUAUCAAAUGCUUCGGUGUUGGCGUGUCGUACAUGAUCAUUAUCGGUGAUCUGAUGCCCGCGGUGGCGGCAGCGUUCGGAGCGGGGAAUACCGGCUGGGACUUUUUGGCUGACCGCAGGUUUUGGAUCACCGUCUUCUUUGUCGUCUUUCUCAUCCCGCUGAGUUUUCCCAAGAAGCUGGAUUCGCUCAAAUACACGAGUCUGGUGGCACUGUUUUCGAUUGGGUAUCUGAUCAUCCUGGUGGUUUACCACUAUGCGGUGGAUGACCAUAGCGAGAGGGGCCCCAUCAGGCUGGUUACGUGGGAGGGACCGGUGGCUGCUUUGAGCAGUCUGCCGGUGAUGAUUUUUGCGUAUACUUGCCAUCAGAAUAUGUUCUCCAUCGUCAACGAGAUCAAGGAUAACUCGCCAGCCAGCCUUGUCGGCGUCAUCGGCUCCAGCAUUGGCUCCGCUGCCUCGGUCUACGUUCUCGUCGCCAUCACCGGCUACCUGACCUUUGGCAACGAGAUCCAGGGUAACAUUGUCAGCAUGUACCCACAAUCACUAGCCUCCACCAUCGCCAAAGCUGCCAUCGUCUUCCUCGUUACCUUCUCCGUUCCUCUCCAACUACACCCCUGCCGCGCCUCCAUCGAUGCUGUCCUGCGCUGGCGACCUGGCCGCUCUUCUCGCACGCAAAAUGUCUACUCCCCACCCGGCUCCGGCAACCAACCCCUCUUGCCUUCUGGCGGUGCUCCUGGCGCUGCUCUCGACAGCCACGGCGCCCCCGUAGUCGCCAUGUCCGAACUCCGCUUCGCCUUGAUCACCUCGGUCAUCCUGAUCCUGAGCUACUUCACGGCCAUCAACGUGUCUAGUCUGGAUAGAGUGCUUGCCUACGUGGGGUCUACCGGGUCGACGGCCAUCAGCUUCAUCUUGCCUGGACUCUUCUACUACAAGAUCAGCGACCCGGAGAGUAUAUACCACCAACGCCUCACCAAGGAAGACGACGAUGCCGAGUACUCCUCCUCCUCCAGCUCAUCGUCUGCUAGCGAUGGGGACGAAGAAGAGGGGUCGCCAGGACCGUCUGGAUCUGGGGCUGGGAUGAUGGACAGCAUUGCUAGCGUGAGGAGCAAUACCAGCGUGGGAAGCAGGCUGGCAAGGACGCUAAAGAGGAAGUGGAGGUGGGAUCUGGAGCACUUGGAGACGGGGCUAUUGAGGAAGAUGGCGCUGGGACUGUCGAUCUAUGGAGUGAUUGUUAUGGUGGUAUGUUUGGGAAUGAACAUUGUGCUUGGGCAUGGGGGCCACUAGACUCCACGGUCCAGAAAGACGUUAGAUGGGGUGUUGGAGUAGGCGUUUAGACGGGAAUCUUGAGUUUGUGAGGUGGGCGAUAUCGGCAGAUUGACAUGCUAUAUACUCUGUAUAGUUUGCGAGGAGCUGGCAGCAUUGGGCUAGCCGAGCUCAUAGCGAUGGGCGUUUGGGACUUGGGAUAGUUGCGUUUCUUGGAUCUAAAAGCAGUGUAGGUAGCCAUACCUACCUUACGCAAACGAAUAUUACAUCUCUACCAGAGCCGCUCGCAGUACCUCACAACCGUAUCGAUUCCCCGUCACAAAGGUCCAC